AUAGAAUAUCUGAUUCGGCAGUUUCUGCUCCCCCUGCUUGUCUAAACCUGGCCUCAGUCCCAAACCCCGCCUCUCAGAGCUUUACACAACUCCAGGAAAUCAGCGCAGUGAAGUUUCGUUUCUUGUGAAAUCGUCAGUCUCUCUGUCUCUCUGCAGCAGAAAUGGCAGAAGCGAAUAUUCUGGUAGCGCAUGACCAGUUUAGCUGUUCAGUGUGUCUGGAGCUAUUGAAGGACCCAGUCACUAUUCCAUGUGGACACAGUUACUGUAUGGGGUGUAUUAAGAACUGCUGGGAUCAGACUGAUCAUACAGGUGUCUACAGCUGCCCCCAGUGCAGAAAGACCUUUACCCCAAGGCCUGUUCUGGGCAGAAACAUCAUGCUGGCUGAAAUUGCUGGAGAAUUCAAGAGGAGAAGACUCAAUCCUCCUCCUGCUCAAAGUUAUGCUGGACCUGGAGAUGUGCCGUGUGAUUUCUGCACUGGGAGAAAGUUCAAAGCUGUGAAAUCCUGUUUGACGUGCCUGGCCUCUUACUGUGAAACACACGUCAAGCCACACAGUGAGGUUACUCCAUUAAAGAGGCACAAGCUGAUCAAUGCAAUUGGAGAUCUGGAGCAGAAGCUUUGUGCUGAACACCAGAAGGUUUUGGAGGUCUUCUGUAGAACCGAUCAGACGUGUAUUUGCUUGUUGUGUACACAAGAUGAACACAGGAGCCAUGAUACAGUCACAGCUAAGAAAGAAAGGCGUGUGAAACAGAAGCAGCUGGGAGAGACACAGACAGAAAUACAACAGAGAAUCCAGGAGAGACUGAAAGAAAUUGAAGAGCUGAAACAGGCUGUGGAGUCACUGAAAAGAUCUGCAUGCAUAGAAAUAAAGGAAAGUGAGGAGAUCUUUACUGAGCUGAUCCGAUCCAUUGAGAAGAUCCACACUGAGGUUAUUGAGCUGAUUGGAGCUAACGUGAAGGCUGCAGUGAAUCAGGCUGAAGGACGCAUGAAGAAACUGGAGCAGGAGAUUGCUGAGCUAAGGAGGAGAAACGCUGAGCUGAAACAGCUUUCAGAGACAGAGGAUCACAUCCAUUUUCUACAGAAUUUCCAGUCUCUCUGUGCCCCUCCUGAAGCUGGAGACUUACCCAGCGUUACUGUCAAUACAGACAUCUCUUUUGGGGCUGUGAGGAAAGCUGUAUCUGAACUUAAAGACCAUAUUGAGGACUUCUGCAAGGGGGAAUUAGUCAAAAUAACCAAAACAGUGAAUGAAGUUGCAGUUUACAGUCUGCAGGCUCCAGAGCCAAGGAACAGAGCUGAGUUUUUAAAAUAUUCCUGUCAGCUCACACUGGACCCCAACACAGCGCAUAGAAACCUCUGUCUGUCUGAAGGGAACAGAAAGGUGACAUGGAGGAGAGAGAACCAGAGAUAUCCUGAUCACUCAGAGAGAUUUGAUAGCUGUGCCCAAGUGCUUUGCAGAGAGGGUUUGUCUGGGACUCGCUGUUACUGGGAGAUUGAGUGCAGUGGGGGAGGGGCUUCUAUAGGAGUCACAUAUAAAGGAAUCAGCAGGAAAGGAGGGGAUCAUUCCUGUCUCCUUGGAUUCAAUGACAAGUCCUGGAGUUUGUUCUGCUCUGAUUCCAGUUACUCUGCCCGGCACAAUAACAAUCACACUGUAAUAACUGCCCCCCGCUCCCCCAGAAUAGGAGUGUAUCUGGACUUUAAUGCCGGCACGCUGUCCUUUUAUGGCGUCUCUGACACAAUGACCCUCCUGCACAGAUUCCAAACCACAUUCACUGAGCCGCUCUAUCCUGGGUUUUGGCUUUGGGAUUAUGAAUCCCCUGUAACAAUCUGCCAGCUGAACUAGACUGUUUUGUGUUGUAAGAAACCCUUUGUAUUGAACUCCCUGUCUGUCCUCUCCACUCCUCGGGUGAAGGGAAUGUUCAAUCUGACACAACUUUGGAUGAAAGUUAGGGGGUAAAACGGCGCCACCUGCAGAGCGAAACGAGGUGAAUUAUUUGUUUUUAGCAACGAAUGGAUUUCAUACGAAGUAACUGUAUUUAAUUUAUUUUUUAAGAAUUGUUAUGUUUUAUAUAUAUUUUAAAAAAUGGCAUCCAAUACUCAGUGCUGUAACAGCUUUAAAAAAGUGAACUUAAGUUUGCUUUAUUGUGUGUGUGUUUUUGUUCUUUGAUUUCAAUAAAUUUUUGUUCUGUUUAUUUUUUUCA